UCAUGACUGGCGCUGCCACUGCUGCUUGAUUGGUGCGGGGUGCAGUGGGACCAUCAGUGCGAGGCGCCACUGCAUGUCGUCGUGGUCGGUGAUGAAGCGUGCAAGGGUGGGGCACCUGCUGAAGGCGUCGAGCAGCGACUUGCAGAAGCGACGGUCAUCAAACCAGUCACUGGCGGUCGCCUGCACAGCACACACCAAACACGACAAAUGAUGAGGGAGGCAAACUUCAUGCACCGAGCCGCCUGCAUAUCUUUCGCAUCACCUUACUGCUCAUCUGACUCAGCAAGCUCGCCUCCAUCUGAUAUGAGGUGAGGAAGAGCAGGUAUGGGCGUCGUACUGGAGGAAGUCAAGAGCGAUGAAUGCGUCGAUGAAGGUGUCCUUGGUCAGUCAGUGACCUCAUAAUGCCCCCCCGCCUUUUUCUGCAGCACCACUGACGCUAUCUCCCGACUGACGACUCCUGCGAUGACGACCUCAGUUGCAGUGCCCUCCUGAAACUCGCCAUCCAGCACCUGCAUGUAUUGAACAACACACACGUUGAACCGACAGCAAUGAAUGACAGUCAUGAGCGCAAAGAUCCUGCUGACCUGCUGAAAGUAGGCAAAUCGCUUGGCCACGCUCUCCUUUAUGACAAGAGGCGGUGCUUCGUCACCAUCCUUGGCGAAGCGGAUCUCACGCUCCAUCGAAAACUCACUCACGCACUCACUCAAGGGCGAUUGCAAUGAAAGAUGAAGAAGGCGCACGUCGUUCCAGGGGCUUGACG